AUGGUCAUCAUCAUGGUCACCAUCAUCAUCAUCGUCACCAUCAUCAUCAUCGUCAUCACCCCCAUCAUCAUCAUCAGACGGGCUAUCGACGACAUGGUCAAUGCUGUCCAUCCUACGUCGACGGUCAUGCAUGGAUCGCGGACAAACGCAGACGGAUCGUACAAGUAUGUCCGCUAUCAGCGAUCAGAGUCGCGGGUGUACGAGAUCUUGGAGGAGGUCUGCUCAGAGUCGUUCAAGGGCGCUGAUGCGGUGGCCACAAACGACGACGGAUCGUUGGACUAUGUCAAUGUCGGUGCUGGUGGCUCCUUCUCCAAUGUUCAGAUGGGCGUGUUUGAGAAGGACGGUCCGCUUCAUGCCUGCCAUCGCAUCGUCGAGGCCUACGAGGACGAGCUCUUUGACUACAUCCAUGACUCGUACGAUACUGUCCUUGACAUCCCGCUCAUGCUCUGUGAUGAGUGGGCUCAGGUGUGCAACGACUUCCCACUCCCGUCCGCCGGAUCUGCUUCGGAGACGGCUCCUGCGCCAGCCGAUCACACCGAUCUGUAG